AGCGCAUCACAAAGAGGCCUCGAGCAGCCGCACUCGAUAGAAUCUCAUCCUCUUUCCUACACACUUUCUCGUCCUUAUCAACGUCCCAUUCCACAUCCGCGUCUCUGGGUUCCAACGCACCAUAGUGCCAUACCAUCGAAGCGUAACCUGCCUUUGAAAUUCGUAUUCCACGCACCUUCGUUCACCCAGUUCUGCUACGCACGAUCUGGUGCCUGGACCUUAUUCCAACUUUUUCGCCUGAUGUAGUUAGGGACGAGCACGUCCAACCGGAGCAUCAAACACGCAACUCCUGGACGAAUACCGCCGUGAGCCCAACAUGGCCAGUAUCAGAAAUUACGCCAACGUACAGAUCCGCGAGGACGCCGGGUACGACGAGUUCAUGGGGGGGACAAUACUUGGUGGACAGAUCUUCUUUGGUAGUGGAUUUGGAUCCAUAAAACAGGACGACGAUCCUGACCCGCCGACUUCCCAACCUUCUUUCCCGAAAGUUCCAAUUGAACCUGGAUAUUGCGUGAACUAUGGUUCUGGUCCCGAUAUGCAGGGGGGGCCUAUACAAGACAUCGUGGUUGUGGAGAUGGUCCCGAUCACAGCUUCCGCUCCCCACUCUUCGCGGUCGGAAAUACCCCAAACCAAAGGCGAAACACCAGAGCCACCAAGAAGUGCUUUGGAAGUGUUGCAAAUAUGGUUCGAGAACAUUUUUAGGACUGAAUUCGCCUGGUGGCCUCUCCCCUCCCCCCGACGGGCGUGGGGUUGCUCCGCGGGAUUCAUCAAAACAGAGUGGAAAUGUCGUUGCGGGAAAGAUUUUUUCCAAACAGUGUCCGCUUCUAAUGGGAACCAAAGUGCUACCCAAAGCCAAAGCCCGAACAUGGCCCAGGAGCCCGUUAUACAAUCCCAAACAUCGCCGAGAAUCGGAGCCGCCACCACCGAGACGCCUCAACCUUCAACCUGUGGUUGUUACCCGCUACCAAUCGGUGGACAACAACCGCCCCCUCAAGUGGGUAGAACACCCACUGACCCUGCUAGAACCGGAUAUGACUAUGUUAUUCUAUGCGUGGAGACUGUUCACCGAGGUAGAAAGCUCGGACAUGUAGAACUGCCGCAAGAAACGCCAGGAGGCUCGUUGCAGCGAACGGACGGGCAAUUCUUCCGACGCUUGAGGAUCGAGUACUGCAGGCUUCGUCCAUGGGUUUCGAUCAUCCUCACAUUUAAAGCUCUUCUCUACUUCAAAUUUGUGAAGAUCGAUCAUUUCCCGAAUGGCAAGAGUAGGCUCUAUUGUUCUAAUGAGCAAACACUCCCCAACAAGUCUUGCAGAAAGUACCAAUAUGCCGCUGAAAGGCCUCCACCACCGAUUGAAGCGGACCGCAUGAAACACCUCUUCAAUGAUCCCGACUGUGUGGGCAAUACCAACGAGCAUCUGAUGCUUAUCCUCAAGCGUAUUGAUGGCCCCAUACCGAGUUGCGAGCCUGCGGUGUGGGGGUUGGAGGCAGUUCAUGGUCCGUCCAUGGCAAUGAUAGUUAUUGUUGGUUGGUUGUGGGUUGUUUUCGUCUGUGGAGGGUUCAUUGCGGUGUGGUUGGCGAAAAAUCCAAGGGAUUAUGGGACUGCAGUAGGUGGUGCUUCUGGGCUGGCGGCACUCCUUGGAGUGGGGCUUGUGUUGAUUCAGAUAUACCGCUCUUGCCUCACCAAUGACGAGUUAGUGCGGGCGUAAGGUGUAUUUGAGAAGUCUGUAGAUUUGUGUACAUAAAGUACUAGGUCAGAAGUUAUCGCCAGGGGGC